GUUCUAAAGAGACGGGAGGGCUAGCUUUUUAGAGACUGGGGAGGCGGAGCUAAGGGCGCGUUUCCAUAGAGACCUGGUCCUAGGCUUAGACAUCCUGGUCAUCGACGCGCCUCCGUCACUUCCUGUCCAGCCCGGAAGCCGCGCUUGUGGCUGUCUCCUGAGGGAAGAAGAAGGAGGAUGCUGUCUGUGCCGGGCUCCGGUCCGAGCUUCGGCUCCGGGGAAGGCGUCUCCGGCGGCGGCGGUUCCGGCGGCGGGGGCGGGGACUUCCUGACGCGCUACCGCCUUGUCUCGGCCAAGCUCCGGCGCCGUUUCCUACGGAAGCCGAACGUGUCCGAAGCGUCGGAGCAGUUCUCUCAGCUGGCGCGGGAGCUGCGUUGCCAGGAGAGCCUUCCGUACGCGGCGUGGUGCCAUCUGGCGGUGGCCCGCUGCGCGCAGAGCCUGGGGCAGGCGUCGGGGGAGGCGGCGGCGCUGGGCGAGGCGGCGCGGCUGUGGCUGCGGCAGGAGCGGGAGGCGCGGCUGCGUCAGGGCCCCUCGGGGCUGGGGCUGGCCGAGCACCUGCCGGCCGCCCAGAGCUGCGUGGCCUUCGCCGCCCGCCUCCGCCUGGAUCUGGGGCAGCCCGCCUUGGCCGCGGGGCUCUGGCUGGAGCUGGGCGAGGAGCUACGCGCCGCCGGGGAGCCCGCCCAGGCCCUGCCCGCCCUCCUCCGCGCCGCCGACCUGCUGGCUCUGGCCCGGCUGCCCCUGGAGGCCCUGCGCUGCCUGAGGGACGCCGCCUCCUGCCUGCUGCUGGGCAGAGACCACGACGGGGCCCUGGAGGUCCUCACCCGCGCCCAGAGCCUGGCCCAAGGCGGCGCCGCUUCCUCCUCCUCCUCCGCGGCCCAGCUGCCUGGAGCCUUCCUGGAGGAGCUGCUCCACUGCGAAGUCAGCCGCGUGCUCCUGCUGCUCCUGCUCCAGCCGCCGCCCUCCAAGCUGCUCCCGGAACACGCCCGGACCCUGGAGAAGUACUCCUGGGAGGCCCUGGACGCCUCCCCCGGCUACGUCCCUCCCGAGCUCUUCCUGCUGCUCCAGUCGGCCGUCAUGGCUUCCCAGGAGAAGGACGCCCAGGCCCUGCAGGCCCUCCAGAAGGAGCUCUGGCCCCUGCUCAGCCCAGAGCAGAACCACAUCCUCCACCUGGUCCUGCAGGAGAUGGCCAGCCCCUCCGGACACGGCUUCUAGCCCAUCCCUCGCCAGGAGACUCUCCUCAGUCAGUCCACCAAUCGCUUUAUUACAGCCAAAGAACAGCAAAAGGGUUCCCAUUUGGAAGCUGGGGAAGCGUAGCUCCAUGACACACUGCAGAAAUAAUCCAGUUUGGGACUGCUUUAACUGCCCUGGUUCAAUGCUAGGGAAUCCUGGGAAUUGUAGUUUAUUGUGGCACCAGAGCUCUCUGACAGAGAAGGCUAAAUGUCUCACAAAACUACAGUUCCCAGGAUUCCUUACCAUUGAACCAGGGCAACUUAAAGCAGUCUCAAACUAGGUUAUUUUUGCAGUGUGUUUUGGACCAUCGUCAAAGUUCAACUGACAGCGUUCCUCACUAUUGACUGGUAGCAAGGAGAUCUGGGAAGCGUAGCUCAGCAACAUCUGGAUGGCUGCACCUUUCCUACAUGUGCCAAAAGGGCUCAUUUCUGCCAUCUGUGGGAUCCUUUCUUUCCAUGGACAUCACUCAGAACUUGAGAAAACCACAAGAGAGGCUGCCCAAGAACUUGUAAUGUUAAUCUGAGGCUCCCUCUUCAUACUUCACUGAACUUCAUCCCUCCUCAGAAAAGACUUCUGUAUCCCAUUGCAAUGCGGCAUCAAAGCUGUUACAAGUCAAUCAGAAUGCUUCCUUUAUUUUAGUGACCAGGAAUAUGCAUCACUCUGAAUAUUGUUUGGCUGAACUUUCAGCCCAGUUCCUAUGGAAAAACACCUUUGGCUUUUCUAGUUAAAGCAGAAGACUGUUGAAAUCCAGCAACGUUUUGGUUGGGAGUGUUAUCCAUAACAGUUUGGACAACUUAUUUUUCAGAAGGACAGACUCCAAAUAAAUAUAUAACAUUCUCCCUUGCAUUACAUUACUGUACUUGUAAAGACUGUUUAUAACAGAUGUAAGCAAAAACAAACAAAAAUGCUUGUAAUUGCUCUAAAGUCAUUGUGGAGAUUUUAAAAACACAUUUCUUUGUUUUCUUUGAAAAUAUCCUUGAGUGGUUACAGCUCUACUAGAAGGUGUCUUCUUCUAUUAGUUUCCUGCUGGACAAGAAAUGCAGCCAGUUCUCUCAUUGCUUCAGUCCAGGUUGGUUAGCUGUGUCCCUCCAGAUGUUACUGGACUUCAACACAUGAUCCCUUGCCAUUUGCUCUGCUGGCUUGGGUUGAUGGGAAUUGUAGGCCAAACACUGGAGAGCCACUGUUGCCCAGCACUUCAUUUGUGUGUUGGAUGAGAAGUAGCUACUAUAAACUGCUUAAUGCUUCUCUGGUUGAAAUAAAGUGGGAAGAAGUUAUGAAAACAAGUUGCUGCAUUGAAGGGAUGGGCAGUUGGUAGGAUUUCAGGGGGCAGUUGGCCCUUCCAUGGACCUCACCAGGACAGACAUUCCUUGGGGAGAGGAAACCACCCAAAUGGUAAAUGUCCCUCCCAGAAGCCCCAAAGUUUCCCAUUUAAAUGUAAUUUUCCUUCAGCUUUUCCUUUCGCCUGUUUUAGGUCCGAAAGAGCAUUUGGGAAACAGGAAGCAAUAUCUUGGUCAUUUUGUGCUUCAGCAAAAAAAAAUCUUUUUGGCUUAAAACAGGUUCCAGUAGAGUGAAAUGGUGUGUAAAUGGCCAAUUGUGUCUCCUGUCUUCUAAAGGUAAAGGUAAAAAAGGGUAAGGUACCUUUUUACCUUUAGCAACCCUGUCACUACGGAGUACACUUAGCACUGUAGCAUGGUCUUCAGUGACGUUUCUAAAGAAUCCUGUUUGCACACACAAAUCCUGGGCUUAGGUCUUUUCUUUGUGGCUCUUUAGCUUCAGUGGUGGAACAAAAACACUAGGAAGAGGCAAUGUAGACUAGGAAGGCAUUUCCGAUGAAUGAUUUUACUCACUGGUAAUGCUUCCUAAAUAGAAGCAAAUACACUUUUUCUCUGCUUACACUUCCAUUGCAAGUAUCUUCACAAAUUAAAAGUGGUAGAAAUGAUUUCUCAUUCUGUAACAAGGGAUAUACAUGAUUUAGCCAAUGUAGACCUGAUAUCUUUGUGGCAAUUUGGUGUUUUAACAACUCGGAUGAGGAGGGGGGAGUCCAGCUUUGCAGUGAGAGGCAUGAGCCAGGCUCCAGUAGCAGCAGUGACACUGGCUGAGGAAAGAGCAACAGGAAUACUUCAGCUUUCCUCAGUCAAGUAGCAUGAAGAGAGUUCAGGAGUAAAUGCAAAAUAAAGGCCUUUUGUAUUUCAUCUUCAGUUGAGCAGACUUCUUACAAAUGGCAGACAUUAAACACGAUGUCUGAGAUCACUAUGAUGGAUAAAUGGUCGCCAAAGAGGAGAUUGCUAAGGGAAAGUAGCCCACUGAAGGAUGUCUGUGAGGAGAAAUGUGCAUGUGUACAUCUUUAUACCCAUUUACUUGAAAAUCAGUGGUGCUGAAAGGCUAACAGUUUUUAGCAAUUGCUAUUGUUAAUGGUUCAAAUAGUGGCUUGUUUAAAGAUCUAAUAACUUAGGUGUUAAUAGCUGCAAGACUGAGAUGCUAAGCACUGGGGGGGAAAGCAUACUGUUCCUGAACUUAACUGUACCAAAUAAGCUGCCAUCAAAAAGGGUUUUGUUUUAAAUUGCUUUAUGUGAACACAUUAAUGAAUUGUUCCAUGGAUGUUUAGGUUUGUUGUGUUGCUUUACUGACUUGGUUAAAACACAUCAAAAUAUCUCUUUAAAAUACAUUCUAGAGUUUGUAGGGAUUAAAUUGGAACUUGUUUUUUUUUUCAGUGCAAAGAAUGGAGGACAGUCAGCAUAAAAAUGAGAAGAAAUAAAGCAGUUUCUUUGGAUAAA